CAUCUUUGACCCCCGCGCCACCACGGUCCAACCCGAGGCCAACAAAAGACCGCCAUUCCGACCAGGAGCCAAGAACAAAGCAAACCGCACGCCGCCGCCCCAACACGCAAGCCCGGCCCUUCAUCCGUCCAACCCGCAAGCGAGCCCGGCCGUGAUCACCAGGCGCAGGCGCCAUGAUGGGCUCUCUGCUCCUGCUCUCCCUGCUGCUGCUGCUGCUGCUGGUCUCCGAGGUCAGGUUCAGCGGCGGCGUCAGGCUGGCGGGCAAUGGCGGCUACGAGGACUGGAGGCUGGGCACGGCCACCUACAUCAAGGAGUCCCAGGGCCACCCGCUCAACGACGGUGGCGGCGCUUGCGGGUACGGGGACCUGGACAUAUUCAGGUACGGGAGGUACACGGCCGGGCUGAGCGGCGCGCUGUUCGGGCGGGGCAGCGCCUGCGGCGGCUGCUACGAGCUCCGGUGCGUGAACAACAUCCUCUAUUGCCUGCGGGGCAGCCCCACCGUCGUCGUGACGGCGACCGACUUCUGCGCCCCCAACUUCGGCCUCGCCGACGACUACGGGGGCUGGUGCAACUUCCCCAAGGAGCACCUGGAGAUGACCGAGGCCGCCUUCCUCCGGGUCGCCAAGGCCAAGGCUGACAUUGUCCAGGUGCAGUUCCGAAGGGUGAGCUGUGACAGGGCCGGCGGCAUCCGGUUCACCAUUACCGGCGGCCCCAACUUCCUCCAGGUGCUGAUCACCAACGUGGCGGCCGACGGCGAGGUGGACGCCGUGAAGGUGAAGGGGUCGAGGACCGGGUGGAUACCCAUGGGGAGGAACUGGGGGCAGAACUGGCAGUGCGACGCGGACCUGCGAGGCCAGCCGCUGUCGUUCGAGGUCACCGGAGGAAAGGGGAGGACGAUCACCAUGUAUAACGUCGCGCCUUCGGACUGGAUGUUUGCGCAGACAUUUGCAGGCAAGCAGUUCGUCGAGUAGGUGAAAGAGAAACAUCCAUUUGCAGGGCAAGCAGUUCGUCGAGUAGGUGAAAGAGGAUUGAUUGCAAGCUCCAACGGCUGUAAUUAGAACUACAAGGGUUACUAAAAUGCCGUGACCCAGGAAAGUGGAUGGUUUUCGCUCUGCCCGCUA